AUGGAUUACCACAACCUGUUAUUGCUACACAUUUUAACAUCAACCGUUAGAAUAUAUCUCGCCUUGUUCGACGAAACAACGCUACCGGCUCCGUUUCUGACCGUCGACGUCCGGGUGCAAUGCUUCCAACGAAAACACGUCAAUACAUUAUAUCCGUCAUACGGCGAAGUUAUUCCAACACCACCGGAGGUGGCAAUCCUUCCUAGCACGGUUCCCGGCGCCGAUGUAGGCGUCUACAGCACGGGGAUCAUCAAGAGGGGGACAGAGAUGGGGCCGUUUCCGGGUGUCUACGUGUCUCCUUGGGGCGGGGGCGGACGGGAGACGUAUACGGAAGCAUGGGAGAUAUUAAACAGUGACGGCAGCGUCCUGGCAUACCUUACAGCAGUUGGUUGCCCUGCCAACUGGCUGACGCACAUGCAGUGUGCACGUGGUGAGCACGAGCAGAACGUGGAGGCGGUACAGGUCGGCGUUAGCAUCUUCUACCGGGCCACCAAGGAUAUACCCCGAGGGAAAGAACUACUUGUAUGGUACGGACGGACGUACAAACUGUACAUGGGACUUCCUGGGAUCCCCCCAUUACCGCCCACACAGGAAGUCAAUCAAAUACUCGACACAGACCGGAAGUCGUGCGCCAGGUGGCUCUGUGUCGUGUGCAAACGAGGCUUCAACUCCCGUAGCAACCUGCGCUCGCACAUGCGCAUUCACACGCACGAGCGGCCGUUCACGUGCAAGUACUGCGCGCGCAAGUUCAGUCAGUCUUCAACGCUCAGAAAUCACAUUAGACUACAUACAGGUGAGAAGCCAUACACGUGCGUCACGUGCCGAAGUUCGUACUCCCAGCUGGCCGGUCUGCGCGCGCACCAGCGUAGCUCCGCCCACAGACCAGGGAAAAACAAACAUAUCGUCGUUUGAAGCACGAUAAUUUCCAAACUUGUCGGUCUUGGUCAGAUAGCAAAUCGACGUGCCCCAUCUACAUCUUCUACGCUUAAGGGAUUUUAAAAAAGAGUUGGUAUAUAAUUAAUGUUUAUCAUGGCGGCGUGCAGAAAACAUGAUCCAUCCAAGUUGCUUCAAUGUCAUAGCCAAACAGAUGGAAAUUUACAUGUCGGCUACAGAACUUGACGUUCAUGGUAUAUUAAUUGCUGAUCACAUCCAAACAUUGUUCCAGUGAUAUUUAAAUGUCAAUGCAAUCCAUUUCUGAAGGGCAAUCCCCUGUAGGCAUUUACUGGUUUAUUAUCGUUAGCACCAGUGCUGCACAACUGCCCUAUUUUAAGAAUUGACAUUUU